AUGUCGUCGUUCAAGCGGCGAGUGAAUGCGACCUCGGGCUCGGCGCCACUGCCUCUUCCGGCCGGCGUCAAGCCGUCCUCCUUCUCGUCGCCCGUGCCGCUCGUUUCGACAGGCGUGCCCGCGCUCGACGACCUCCUUUCCGGCGGCGGACUGUCCUCAGGCGCGGACCUCCUGCUACUUCCCGCUUCCGGCACUGCGGCUCACUCUGCCGCUCACACUGGUGCAUCCACCUCUACGCCCUCCGCGACUGCCGAGACCGACCAUGCAGCUCGCGCGCUCGCCGAGCCGUACCUCGACCUCCUCCUCGGCUACUCGGUCGCACAGGGCAUCGCGUCCUCCCACGCCAACAUCAUCAUCGGCGAGGACGUUGCCGGCUUCACUUCCGGUCUCAUGGCUCGCGCAGGCGAUCUCGACGACCAGUUCCUCGCCCAGCUGGGACCAGCCACCGCACCGGCCGCAGACGCAGAAGCGCCCUCGGAUAGCCUCGACACCGUUGUCGACGAAGACGACGCACAGACUCCGUCGAGCAAAACGCCCGCAGAGGGGGAUGUGACAUCGCAGCGCGAGAGAGAGAUGAAGAUCGCUUGGCGGUACCACAGCAUGAAGCAGUUCAACACCACGGUCAAUGAGCCGAGUACCAGUGCGGCGGGAGCUGGGGCCGAGGCGCAGCCGUUCUGCCAGACGUUUGACCUUAGCAAGCGCAUCGACCCACGCCUCGUACAGCACGCCGCUGCACAGGGAAGGCUCGAGGUCGUCGAUGUGGCGGAUCAGCUCGCGGGGGAGAGCUCGUACGAAGUCGCGCUGCAGCGCAUCGCCGCUGUCGCGGAUCGGUGUCGAAAGCAGCAGCUGGCUGCACCCACUUCGGCGCCUCCGGUUCUGCGCAUUGCAGUGCGCUCGCUCGGGUCGCCUAGCUGGACAACCGCACGUGGGCAAACGGCGCACACCGAGACCGUACGCUUCCUGCACCGCUUGCGCCACCUCCUGCGCUCGCUUGCACUCACUGACACCACGCCAUCCUCGCGCACCGUCGCGAUCCCCGCCAUCGCCGUCAUUUCCAUCUCGUCGUUUCUUCUUUCCGGCACGUCUUGGGGUGCACCUGUGAACCUGGCGCACCGUCUCGUGCACAGCGUCGAUGCGGCGGUCUCUCUGAGUGCGUUCGCAAGCUCGGCGGCGCUGCGUCGCGCGUUCUCGGCGUACACGGGGGCGUUCAAGGUGCUCAAGACGCCCGCGAUCGGCACACUCACCAACCCAAGCAUCCGAUCCUCGGUGCUGCGCGGUAUGGGCUCUGGCGCCGCCAGCACGGGCGGUCUGGCGGGUGCAGGUGAGGGUGGUGCUGGUGGCGGCGAGAACAACCUCGCCUUCAAGGUGAGACGCAAGAGGCUCGUGAUCGAGACGCUGCACCUCGAUGUGGAAGGCGGCGUGAGCGAGCGCCGGACCAAACCGCCCAAGUCGGAAGCCGAACCGAAGCGCGCAACGCCAGUUCCACAGUCACGCACAGAGGACAGGACAGUUGCGGCCAAGGCCGAAGCGCAGGGUGCCAAGGGGGCGCAGGGGGCGCAGCCAACAGGGAACGCUCCGAAGCUAAAAGGACUCGCCGCGUUGCGGCAGCGUGGAAUGGCUGCGGCUGCAUCUGCACCUCCGACGGGCGAGUAUGCCGUGCAAGUCGAUACGGCACCGCGCUCGGCGCACUCUCAUGGGCGGCCCGGUGCGACACAGCGCGCACCACCACCACUGAGCAAGGCAAGUCAAGCUCGUCCGCAAGAUCUGGAAUUCUAA